GCAAGAUAGUGAUGUUGAACAGUUAUCAACCCAUUUAAGAACAUGAUUAGCAUCGAGGGUUAACAGGCUGGCAGCAGAUUCCUCCAUUCAAUUCAUUGGAAACAUCCAGAACUUCUUGUAUCAUUACAGGCAUAGCCAAUUUAACAAUCACUCUUAGUGGAUUCGAGUGUAUUCCAAUGGCCUCGACACAAUAUGAAAUUGAACUACGUCAACCUCCCGGUGUCGCGCGGGUACAGCAGGCUCAUAAUUUUCCAAGUAGUACGUCAUCACCUGCAGACGUAACCCAUAACGGAGACCCCCGAGGCCACCGCAAGACGCCCUCAGCGACUGGGCGACCCAACGAUGACGAAACGACCAUUGAUGCGCCACUGCUUUCGCGUCAAGCAAGAUCUCCAGGGGCCAUUGAAGGAGACAGUUGGGGUUACGAGAUCAAUCGGGAUGGCAAAUAUGAUCAGUCAAGCAGUCCAGCGGAGCAUACGCAAUGCGAUGGUGCAGGACGUGGAACGAGCUAUCGAGAAGACCAGCAAGCUACGAAGUCAACACUACCCGGCGUAAACAAGACCGCCAAAGUACCAAAACAAAUCACUCGAAGUAGCUGGACUCGUCACCUUAAUGGAUGGGUUGUUCAUAUACCUGCCAUAGUGACGACUGUUGCUAUCCUAUGUGUCGGCUCUAUAGGGUUCUAUUGGUAUCCAGAGGAGGGGCCUCUCGUAAUGGGUUAUCGUGUAGAUGCCGAUACCAUCAGCAACGUUCUCCAACUUGCGGCCAAGCUACACGAGCUCCUCAUUGUGGCAUCGCUGUCUUCCAUCGCACUAUCCAUGUUUCGACGGUGUUUGGUGACAAGUGGUGUUCGGUUAGGAUUUCUUACGGGCGGCUAUCGAGUCGGUGACCUUGGGUACAUCUGGACGACAGCAUUCCGGCGCCAAGGUCUUGAUACCACGAGCCUCUGGGGUAUACUGCUCCCGGGGUUUGUUGUCUUCGCUACCAUCCUGUCAACCGCUGUCGGGCCAGCAUCUGCUGUAUUGCUUGUGCCAACUCUCGGCUGGUACAAGAUCGACAACUCGAUUGCAUUCGGAAACAUCACGCUCCCCCUGAAGUAUGCGCGGAACAGUGAAGACGUUUGGCCGCCGGACCGGCGCGAUGCACGUUCAGAAUGCAAGACGGUUAAGGGCAUAUACAUUGACUACUGCACAGCAGGAGGUUUCCCACAGAUAUCGAGCUGGCUUCUGGAUUUCGCAGCCACGGACCUGACGAACAGCCUUACAUUUCAUUCCACGUCAGCCGAUCUGCGACGACACAUUGUUUUUACCCACGUCAACGACACCGAGAGCACCAACUCAACCACGCUGUUAACCACUCCUCCACAUUUCCUUACGGGUAGCAUUGGCCUGUUCGAGAAGUUCAUCCAUAGCUACAAUGUGGGCGCGUUGUCAAGCGAGCCUCGUUACAGACUCAACACCACAAGAGCAAACCCUGAGAACUCACAGGAAGAGUCGAUACUGUAUCAGCCAUUUGUGCAGUCGACAUGCAGGGUUCAUGACAAGCAUACGUUGAUUCAAGACAAGCAGCCUGUCUUUUAUCCUGUUGAAUCCCUCAACUGCUUCCAUGAUGAUGACUGUGAAAAUUCUCAAAGGAAUUCUGUCCCAUUCGACGACAGUUGGCUGACGGACCCGGAUCUCGACGUUGACGUGUCAAUUUCCACAAGUUUCUUGAUCAACAAAGAAAAAUCGUCCAUUCUUUUCCUUAACGGACAGAUCCCAGAUGAUUCCUCGGGCGAAUCCAAGGACAUGGUCUUCCUGUGCAGCCUAAUCGGAAGCUGGGCUCCGUCGCACUUCUCUGUCGACGCCAAAGUCAGUGACGUACUGCAAUCUUCUCUUAGCCAAAACAGCACGAUGUCAGAGUUGUAUCGAAAUACUUCCACGGUUGACGUCCGCACCCUGAGGUUCUCCAGGGAUUGGUUAGACGCUCUAACCCCAAGUUGGUAUACCACCAACAAAACCAAUAUUACGGCGCUGCAACAGCUUGUUCAAACUUUCUCCUCCACGGAGAGGCAUAACGGGACUACCAUGCCUGUCUCAGCACCUUUCAGCCCCGACAAUAAGACCGGGGCAGAAAUGUUUCUGAGCAAGGUAUUCGGCGUUUAUCUCACCGAGGGUCUUGCUCAAAGCACCACUAAACACCAGAAGACGCGUGUAGUUCUGAACAGUAGCAGCGACGAGUUUGCGUAUAUCAACCUCAACGAGCAGCACGGCUUUCGUCGCGGAGAACACAGGGUGACCCCCUUGAGUUCAACUCGUCGUCUCGACAGAUGGCGGGGCAAAGACAGACGUCUCAAGGGAACCUUCAAUGAGUUUAAGGCAGAUUUCCGGAAAGAUCUGCCCAUAUACAUCGUCGCUGAGCGCCACGGGUAUGGAUCUGGCCAACAACGUCGCACGUUGCACUGGGCCCAAGCUACGAUGGGCAUCUACCUCGGCACCGUGGCCAUCUAUGCAUUGGGGGUGGGUGCCAUGAGUGUCCUCGAGUUCUUCGAAUACGAGCCAGGAGGGGUGCGGGUUCGCGUUUUAAGCAUCGUACCAUGGUCGGACCUCCAAGACCUGAUGAUACUCGCGCUGAAAACGCCAGUCCCCAGCGACGAGGAUUUGGCGGAUGCUGGAGCGGGUGUUACCUCGAGCCGAGUUUGGAAGAAGACUGUUCGGGCUGGAGCAGACGACGAGCGCAAUGCGCAAUUGGUGCUUGGAGAGACAGAAACCACGAGAAGAUUAGACUUGGAUGGUCGAGAGCGGUAUUAUUAGAGUCAAACAAGCCGUUGUAUUUUCAUUGUACCCUGGAAAUUUACAGAUG